CUAACCUCACAGUUCACCGUUUGGAACAGUGCAAGCAGAAUGAAUGCCAAGAUUGUAAUGAUUGUUUUGGGACUGGCUGCCCUGGUAGCAGCUGACAGCAGGGAGACCUACUCCUAUGCUGCCCCAAGGGCUUCAUCUGGCUCCGAGGAAUCCUACGAAUCCAGCGAGGCCCAGUACAGCUUCAACUACGCCGUGAAGGACGAGUCCUCCGAGAACGACUUCGGCCACCAGGAGACCCGCGACGGAGACAACACCCAGGGAACCUACUACGUCCAGCUCCCCGACGGCCGCCUGCAGACCGUCAAGUAUUACGUCGACGGAGACUCCGGAUACGUAGCUGAGGUCACCUAUCAGGGCGAGGCUCGAUUCCCUGACUCAGCCUCAUUCGAGUCCGACGAAUCCUUCGAGGCUCCCAGAUACGCACCCCCAAGGCCCCGUUACUCCGCCCCCGACUCCAACGAGUCCAAGUAGACUUUUUUUGGAAGGAUCUCAAACGCUUUGAUGAAUGGAUGGAUAAAUUAUUUCAUUGAUAUUUAAGUGAAUAAAUAUUUAGCAAA